UCAAGAACGACGGCACCGUCGGGGAACGUCGAGCCCUCUUUUCUCUCCUCUUGACGUCCGGCCCUGGGCCACGACGGCCUGCCCAGGCCAGGAUCGUAAUAUUAACGAAAGCGACGGCGGAUAGCGGUUUCCCUCGCGUGCGCGACCACCAGCAGACUUCUCAGAGUUUAACACCAGGACUUUUCCUAUCUCGUAACGCGUGCGCGCGCGUGCUCGUUCGUACGUACGUUAGCUUGCUCGCUCGCUCGCUCGUUUGUUUGCUUGCUUGCUUGCUUACUUACACCCUCCUAAAUCCCUGACUUCGGUCGCGUUUCGCGCUAUCGUUACUUCUCUCUUCUUUCUCCUCCUCUUCCAUCUCCUCCUCUUCUUCUUUCUUUCUGUCUUUCUCCACCUUCCCCUCAUCCUCCUCCUCCUCCUCCUCCUCCUCCUCCUCCUUCACCUCCUCUUCGUACCGACGCGACUCCUCUUUGUCCAACGCGCCUUUCAGUUCUUUCCUUCCGUUCCAUCCUCUUCGAACUAACCUUUAACCACCCUUAUCCUUCGUCCCACAGUGAUAUUGCAGUUCGAUCGCAAGUGAUCGUUGUUCUAGACGAAAAAGGAGAAAAGAAAGACAAGAAAGGAAGAGAAGAGAAAGGAAAAAGAAAAGAAAAGAUAAGGAGAGAAAAGUAAAAGGAAUGAAAGGAAGAAACAAAAUAAAGGACCGUGUGAAACCAAAGCGACGAGGGUGAUCGAUCUUCUGUGCCUCUCACCAAAGAAGAAUAUACUCUCUAUUAUCGUGCCAAGUCUUAAACUCGUAUAGUGUUUUACUGUUAGCAACGUAGAAUGGUUUAACACUUUCGUUUCUAUCUAAGAGAAUCUAUCUGGACGAACGACGUAUGUAUGUACGACGAUGGUAUCGAUUCGACGACGUGACCGACGGAAGAACUUGCUUAAGUUUCUACUCCCGAAGAGAUGUCAACGUGUUAAGUUCGAAUUCAAAAUCGGCAUUGACGUAGUCCAAGAAAGAUCUCGAUUAUCUUCUUGCAUCGAAGAGAUUUUUCUUACGACCUGUGUCUUGACGCAGCCUUUGAACUCAUACCGGAGAGGCUAAGGUUCUUUUUUUUUCUUCUUCUUCUUCUUCUUCUUCUUCUUCUUCAUUUUCUUUUUCUUCGAAAGCUCUUCGUGAUUUAUCGAAAGGAUAAAUUCGCGUCGAUCGACUACGUCGCUCUUUCUCUCUUUCUCUCUCUCUCUUUUUGUUUAUCUCUUUCUCUAUAUUUCUCUCUCUCUCUCUUUCUCUUUCUUUUUCUCUUUCUCUUUCUCUUUCUGCAACGACACGAUCGGAGCGUCGGACGACAGCAUCAACGGCGGCAAGAGAACCGGCGGAAUCCACCGCCGCGUUUCCAGCUGGUUAACCGAGCUCAGGUAGGUAAGAACGCAUCGGAAGAGAAGCCGACGAUCAUUAAAAUUUCUCGAGACCGAGGGCUGCUUUUACGCCGGGGACUGACAGAGAGAAUCCAGGACGAAGUGUGACACGGAACGAAGGCACGAACUACUCGUCCUACUUCCCAGAAAACCAGAGAUCUCGGUUCUCCCUGCCUAAAAGUCCUUGACAACCGCGUCCAAACCGCUUUUCUUUACCUUCUGUUUUUCCACUUCUUUUUUUGUCCCCCCCGAGUAACGGUAAUUUCGCGAACGGAUAAUCAUGACCAAACAGGAUUAAUGAUUGGAUCUAUCCAACGUGAAUUUCUCUUAUUCGAGUAUCUUGGAGUAUCCGAUGAAAAUCCGCUUGUCAUCGAGGAUAUUUUUUUCUUUUUAUUAACAUCGUCGUUUAAUUUACAACCAAUUAUCUCUCUCUCUCUUUCUCUCUCUCUCUCACUCUCUUUCUCUUUCGGUCUCUUUCUCUUUCUCUUUCUCUCUCUCUCUCUCUCUCUCUCUCUCUCUCUCUCUCUGUCUCUCUCUUCGUCGUUUCACAUUAUCGCGCAACACCUGUCGAGAAGAUUAUAGAAAGCAAUUAAAAAGGAAGAAAGAAAGUAAAAAGGGAAAAAAGAAUUUUCUUUAUCUCUCUCUCUCUCUCUCUCUCUCUCUCUCUCUCUCUCUCUCUCUCUCUUUGUCUCUCUUUCUCUCUCUCUAUCUCUCUUUCUCGGCGGAAGGCGUCAGCUUCGUAACAAGGUGUACAGUGAUUCCAGGCAAUGUCACCUUCCAUUUAACUCGCGGAAAUCACGUGCAGCCGGCGCUCGUAAAGGACGUUGAGUUAUUGUGGCGAUCCACAAGGUUCUACUAAUUAGCUCGCGGCCGAUUCGAAACUGAGCGAACGAACGAGCGAACGAGCAAACGAGCGAGCGAGCGAGCGAGCGAGUGAGCAAGCAAGCAAAGCGAGCAAACGAGCGAGCGGACGAACGAACAAGCGAGUGUACAAGAAAGAGAAAGAGAGAAAGAGAAACCUCUACCCCGAGAGUCAUUCAUUAACGGGACAGCAGUCACGAAUUGUUUUCAUUCAUUGGUUCUUGCGUGUGCUACUAAGAAGUUGUGUCCUGAAUGAACGUAGUCGUUUGCUUCUUCAAUUUGAGAAACUAUCGGGAAAACUAUAGAGUUGGAUAUAACAAAACGGAUGAUAAAAUUUUAAAUGAUCAAAGAGAGAAAAGAAAGAAAGAAAAAAUAAAAAGGAAAAGAAAAAAGAAGGGAGGAAAGGAAAAGCGAAAAAAAAAAAAAGAAAAAAAAAAAGGAAAAGGAUCGGCGAUGCCGUUGAUCGUGUUCGCAGAAUGUAUUGGCGGAGACAGUGCUGGGUCAUGGCGAGAUGCUGAAGGAAGUCGGCUGCGGAAGUAGUACUCCCCCUGCUGGGGAUGGUGCCGUGAACAGCAACCGUCCGGUUGGCACGGCGGAGAGCAACAGCUCGGAAAGCACCCUUGGCUGCGGUGGUUGCGGUAGGGAGAUAGCCGAACGUUGGUACCUAAGGGCUGCCGAUCGUGCCUGGCACUGCGGUUGUCUUCGUUGCUGCAAUUGCCGGAUGCCUCUCGCUGGCGAACGUACUUGCUUCGCGAGGGACGGCAACAUAUACUGCAAAGAGGAUUACUACAGGUUGUUCUCCGUAUCGAGAUGUUCCCGAUGCCGUGAGGGUAUCUUCCCGUCGGAGCUUGUGAUGAGAGCAAGGGAUUUGGUCUACCACGUGACCUGCUUUAAUUGCGCCUCCUGCGGUACAGCAUUGAACAAAGGCGAUCAUUUUGGCCAGAGAGACGGCUUGGUAUAUUGUAGACCGCACUACGAGUUGCUUUGCUGCGCCGGGGAUUACGGAAGCGGUACUGGCAGCAUAGAAGACAUCGGUUCGCCAGGAGUCUCGCCGCUUCCGGCUUAUUACAGCACGGCCGAGCAGAGUCCGAUCGCGUCCUCAGGAACGGUACAAAAGGGAAGGCCAAGGAAGAGGAAACUUUCCGAAGUCACUGGGUCCGAGCUUCCUGUAACAAUGAGGCUGGCCGCCGGAGCGCUGGAACUUCUACAUCCGACCGAGUUAUCCUCGUCGAUGGAAUCGCUCGCAGCAUACGACGCAUCCGUAGGUUCGCCCGGGCCCGUUCAUCAGAGCCAAAGAACUAAACGCAUGCGUACAAGCUUCAAGCAUCAUCAGCUGAGAACUAUGAAGAAUUACUUCGCCAUUAAUCAGAAUCCAGAUGCGAAAGAUCUUAAACAAUUGGCCCAGAAAACGGGUCUCUCGAAGAGGGUACUUCAGGUGAGAAGGGGACGGAUCGCUUUUGCGGUAUGGUUCCAAAACGCACGCGCAAAAUGGCGGCGGAAUAUGAUGAGGCAAGAGGGUAGCGGAGCGAACAGUAACGUUGGCUGUCCUGGUACGCCGGUGUCAUCGAGUACAGCAGGUUCGCCAAACGUCGCACCAACCGUUAGCAUCCUAGGCGACAGUAACAGUAUGCCCUCGACCUCGAUGGAGGAAUUGCACGCCCUUCAUCAUUUGCAUUCUGGUGUUUCCUCUCAGGUCUCUUUUUCCGAUCUCUACUGACGACGGCUUGAGAUGGAGGAAGACGGUUAUAGUACCCUUUCCAGCCAUCUUGGAUGAGAAAACGCCAAGGAAGAUACGGACUUCUCUUUUUUCUUAUUACGAGAUGACAUUCUCGUCAAAUUUGUGAGGGUUCGUGAGAAUAACGGCGUAGGAACGUCGAUGAAAUCCUUGCUUUAUUGUCAUUCGAUGAAUUCGAAUAUAAAUUCUAAAUAUUCAAAGGGAAAUAAAAAUCAAUGACGAAUUUGAUUCCUGAGAAAAAGAGAUCAAGUGAGAGAGAGAGAGAGAGAGAGAGAGAGAGAGAGAGAGAGAGAGAGAGAGAGAGAGAAAGAGAGAGAAGUUUAAUCGUCGACUUGGAAAAUCGUCUAAAAGAAGAGAAGAGAGAUUAACUUUAAAAGAUAAGUGAUAAUAACCAUAGUUCCAUGCACAUUCAAAUAACCAAAGGGUUUCUAUAAACGAUAGUCCACCCUCCCCCCCACCUCUCUCGAGGAGAAUGUAAUAACAUAGCUGUACGAGAGAAAACAUCAUUAGAAAGCGAUCAACCGACCAUCGAUGAAUACUCUCGAAUAGGAUUUCGAUUUUAUUAUAUUAAUUAUUGUCUAUAUUAUAUCACGAGAGUGUUCUCCGAAUGAGAUAAUAAAUUUUAAUUAAUCAUCCUUAAUCGAUACGAUAGUCGAUUAUCUACAAUUUGUAAAUAAGUUAUUCGCUUACGUAUACCGAUCGAUAAAAAAAGAGAUAAGAAUUUUUUCUUUCCAAUUUUCCUCCAUCUUCCUUCUCUUCUUUCUUCUUUUUCUUUAAUUUUUCUUUGUUUUUCUUUUCUUUUUCUUUUCUUUUUCUUUUUUCUUUUUUCUUUUUUUUUUUUUCUUCUUUUUGCCCUCUCUUUUCCCUCGUUACGAGCACUGUUCGAGAGAAUCGUCGUGAACGUAUGUUAGGUACAAUCGGACGAACGUGAUAGUUGAAAAGCGAAAAUCGAUAAGAGAGAAGACAGAGAAAAAGAUAAAAAGAAAGAAGAGAAGAGAGAGAGAGAGAGAAACAAAAGUAAAUGCGACGAAGACGAGACUAACGAGAUCGAAAAAGAAAAGAAAAAUGAAAAAAGAGAUAGAAAGAAAGAAAUAAAAGAAUCUUUUGAUAAAUAACGGACGACCCGUUAACUUAGAAAAGAAAAGUCUUAACAGCGUUCCUCUCCUCGUGCCAAAGUGUAGCUUCUAACAAUAAGAUUAGAAAGAUUUCCACGAGCCGUUCGAAUUCAAGAGAUAACGCGCGAUAUAUUUUUUCAAGAAAGUCAUCGGCAAUAAACCCGUCAGACAUUUCCCGAUCGUCGAUCGUUCUAUACUUCCGACGUUUCAGAUCGCGUUUGGAAGAAGCGAGAAAAUAAAAAAAGAAGACGAAAACGAAGAAGAAGAAGGAGAAGAAGAAGAAGUAUCAGUAGAAGAGAAA